UGACGAUUGUUAUUUCACCAUGAGUUGUUGUGCUAGUUAACGUUUGGUACGAUUUGCGCUUGGCAGGUUAUUAAACUUGUAUAUUAAACAAGAGAAAGACCAUUUUACCAUUUAUCAGAAUAACAAACACGCGGAACGACUGCAAAAACAGUCAUCCUUAACAGAUAUAAUUAAGUUCAACUGUAGCGUAGUGUUAGCAUAAUAAGUGGGACAAUGCAAGGAAGCCUUGAGAGGGCAUACAAGUCCGACUCGCUAAUUACAACUCUCGCAGUCAGAAAACCCACAGAGGAAGUAAAGACAAGCAAAAGGAAGGUUCUUGAUGAAGAGGAGUACAUUGAGGGUUUAGAGAAGAUCAUUCAGAGAGACUUCUUCCCAGAUGUCACUAAGCUGCAGGCUCAGAAAGACUACCUGCAGGCUGAGGAACAUGGGGACUUGGAGAAGAUGCGAGAAAUCGCCAUUAAAUUCGGAUCAGCUUCGAACAGGUCUACUCCCCGUGUCAAUAUGCCAUAUGUGACGCCGAAUUCAUUUGAGACUCCUGAGGGCCGGCCUGCCUCUCCCUCGUCCUCUCAUGGCAAACCCCGGUCUGGAAUGAAAGGAACAGAAUAUGGAGGGAAGGAUGGUGAAAAGGAGGAGGAGAAGGAGCUCCCAUGUCUGGAUAGGUUCCUGGCGAAGAACACCAGUGAGGACAACGCCUCCUUCGAGCAGAUUAUGGAGCUGGCAGACGACAAGGAGAAGCUGAGGCACUCAUGGCUGUAUGAGGCCGAGGAAGAGUUCAGACAGCGCCACGAGGAGAACCUGGCCCUGCCGUCCUCAGAGAAGCAGGCCCUCGAGUGCACCAAGGCUGGGGUGGAGACGUGGGAGUACAAAGCCAAAAACGCCCUCAUGUAUUAUCCUGAAGGAGUGAAAGAUGACGACGCUAUAUUUAAGAGGCCUCGUGAGGUCAUCCACAAGAACACACGCUUUCUGGGAGACCCCUUCAGCAAAGCCCUGAACAAGACUCAGAUCAAGGAGGCCGCCGCUCUGAAUGCACAGUAUAAACAAGGCAAGGUGGGCCCUGACGGGAAGGACCUGCUUCCACAUGAGUCCCCUAAAGUGAAUGGCUAUGGCUAUAUUGGGGCUCCAUCACCUGCACCUGGUGUGGCCGACUCGCCCCUAAUGACCUGGGGAGAGAUCGAGAGCACCCCGUUCCGCCUGGAAGGUGCUGAGUCUCCAUACGUAGAGAGAAAUAAUCACGGCCCUUCUUUUAAGAUCCCUGAACCUGGGAGAAGAGAGCGGCUUGGUUUGAAAAUGGCCAACGAGGCUGCGGCCAAAAACAGAGCCAAGAAGCAGGAGGCGCUGCGCAAAGUCACUGAAAACCUAGCCAGCCUCACGCCCAAGGGCUUGACGCCAGCUGCUCUGUCACCUGCUCUCCAGAGGAUGGUCAACCGCUCGUCCAGCAAGUACACAGACAAAGCCUUGCGUGCCAGCUACACGCCCUCCCCCUCGCACCGGGUGCCCACGCCACAGGGGCCGCUCACGCCCCACGGCACCCCCACGCCCAGCAAGGCUGGGACCCCAGCAUCACAAGAUCCCGCGUCCAUCACCGACGACCUCCUGCAGCUUCCUAAGAGGAGGAAGGCUGCUGACUUCUUCUAAUGAGCGAAGUGUGUGUGUGUGUCUGUGUCUGUCUAUUUCUGGCCUGGGAGGACUACAGCCAGAUCUGGACUCAAAAGCGGUCAGUCUAAAAUAUACCCUAAUAGGGAAAUUAUGCCCAUAUUUGACCUUAACAAAAAGGUAAUUCCACGGAGUGCAGCAAAGUUUUGAACAGAACUGUUUGAAUGAGGAGGCUCUGCUAAGAACCGCAUUCUUAAAACAGAAUUGCUUGUGUAAACAGACUCAAACAAUUUCAUCCUUUUGAACUUUGUAAGGAUACUUGUCUGGCUUACUAAGUGGAAAGUGAUAUGCAUAUGACUAUGUGCAUAUUCUUUUGUACAUGGAUAAUGUUGGAGGACAUUCACAACAAAUGUCACACUGAAAAAAGAAAAUUUUGUAUAGUGCGUGCAGAGGUAUUUAAAUAUUGUUAUAUUUUGUAGCUUUUAAUUUCAAAAUGACUUUGUGUAACGAUUCAUGAUGUCAUUGUUGACACAAACCUGUUUUCUACUGCGAGUUAAAAUGGUUGUCUUACAGUCACUGUAAAUGACGCCCUUACAAUAGAAUGACCAAUUAUUCAUUAAAUGGUUGAAUGUCA